CGCCACACUUUACGACUGGGCACGCCACUUUUGCUGCAGACGCUCCAGCUGCCGCCGCUACUUCUAUUACCGCGGCUGUUGCUGGUGAGCCCCGGUCCUGUCUGCGCUGCCGCAGGGAGGCCGCCCGGCCCGGCGAGCUGAACCAAUGCUGGAUCUGGAGGUGGUGCCCGAGCGCUCUCUAGGGAAUGAGCAAUGGGAAUUUACGCUGGGAAUGCCUCUGGCUCAGGCAGUAGCCAUUCUUCAGAAGCACUGUCGCAUCAUCAAAAAUGUCCAGGUUCUCUACAGUGAACAGUCUCCUCUAAGCCAUGACCUCAUCCUUAACCUGACUCAGGACGGGAUCAAACUACUGUUUGAUGCUUUCAAUCAGAGACUUAAGGUGAUUGAAGUAUAUGACUUGUCUAAAGUAAAGUUAAAAUACUGUGGAGUGCAUUUUAACUCUCAGGCCAUCGCUCCCACCAUUGAGCAGAUCGACCAGUCUUUUGGUGCAACCCACCCUGGAGUGUACAACUCCGCAGAGCAGCUCUUCCACCUCAACUUCAGAGGACUGUCUUUCUCUUUUCAGUUAGACUCGUGGACUGAGGCUCCCAAGUAUGAGCCCAAUUUUGCCCAUGGUCUAGCUUCUCUCCAGAUACCCCAUGGAGCGACUGUGAAACGAAUGUACAUCUACAGUGGAAACAGCCUACAGGAUACCAAGGCUCCUGUGAUGCCUCUGAGCUGUUUCUUGGGCAAUGUGUAUGCUGAGAGUGUAGAUGUUCUUCGAGAUGGAACUGGACCCUCAGGUUUACGACUUCGCCUACUUGCUGCAGGUUGUGGACCUGGCCUAUUAGCAGAUGCCAAAAUGCGGGUAUUUGAACGUUCAGUGUAUUUUGGAGAUUCUUGCCAAGAUGUUCUUAGCAUGCUUGGCUCUCCACACAAGGUUUUCUAUAAGUCAGAAGACAAGAUGAAAAUUCAUUCUCCUUCCCCUCAUAAGCAAGUUCCAUCCAAGUGCAAUGACUACUUUUUUAACUACUUCACUCUCGGAGUGGACAUCCUCUUUGAUGCGAAUACACACAAAGUGAAGAAGUUUGUCUUACACACCAAUUACCCCGGGCAUUAUAAUUUUAACAUUUACCACCGCUGUGAGUUCAAGAUCCCACUAGCCAUAAAGAAAGAAAACGCAGAUGGUCAGACAGAAACAUGCACGACCUACAGCAAGUGGGACAACAUCCAGGAGCUCCUGGGCCACCCUGUGGAAAAGCCUGUCAUCCUGCACAGGUCCUCCUCCCCAAACAACACCAAUCCAUUUGGCUCCACAUUCUGCUUUGGUCUUCAGCGGAUGAUCUUUGAGGUCAUGCAAAAUAACCACAUUGCCUCGGUGACCCUGUAUGGCCCCCCAAGGCCUGGUGCCCACCUGAGAACAGCAGAGCUCCCCUAAGGACGUCAUCGCCCAUGCCCCUCUGCCCCAUGGAACUGUGCAUUGCAUCCUGCUCAGCAGGCUUCCAUGUGCCUCCCUGUGGGUUUUCUUGGACACCUUGCCAGUGUUGAAAGGCUGAUGUGAUGUUCUGAUGUAGGGCUCAGGCUAGGUGCUCUGCCAUGGGGUGAGCAGCCCAGAUGUUCCUCUGUCUGUCCUCAGCCUGCUGGUGCCAACAGGGAACACAGACUGCAAAGAGAAGCACAAACUCGGGACCCAGGCGCUCUUGACUAACACAUAAGGAGGCAGGGUUCUGUCUCCCCUGUCCACACACAUUGGGAAAACUUGGGACUCUUCCAUGGCUGAGGACACAAGUACCCAGGACAAGGACAGGAUGCUGCCUUUGGCCCAACAUUGCCGCAUGACCCUUAAGGCAAGCAGGUAGCAUGUCCAUAGUACUUGGUUGUGACUUUUGCACUACAUCCACUUUAGUUACUUGAUGAGCUGGCUGUGGCCAAGGUGGCCCACCUGCCCUUCCCUAUUGCUUUCUUGUCUGUGCUCCCGGCCAGGCCCAGUAGGCACACCCAACUGGUUGAAACACUGCUUUCUGCCAUCCAGGUACAUGCCCAUGCCUGAUUCCCACACCUCUUGGAGCCAGCAUUCAAGGUUGCCUGUCCUCCCACUUUGCCUCAACUUUGUUGGCAGGCUGCAUGUUUCCAUCCUAUUUGCCUCUUUUAUUUAAUGCCAAAGUUUUAGCCAAAGACAUCUCCCUCCUUUUAUUGUGUUGCAGCAUUCUUUUCUGCACUGUGGGCUGGCUCCCCUGCUCCAAUCCUUAGACAGUGUCCCCAGGCCAGGCCCAUUCGUAACUCAAGGCCUCUGGGGGCUCAAGGAGGGCUGGGCUGCUCAGUUUCUUCAUGGGUCUUGCUAAGGAAGGUAGCAUACGUGCUUUACAAAUAUUAAUCCUUUUGAAAAGAAUUGAGAAGAGAAAUGUAUAAUUUUAUCCCAUUUUUAAUAUUUUGGUCUAGCAACUUGUGAUACAUAGAUGACAAUUUUGUGAGUUUUUCAAAUGUGUGUAUAGAUUUUUGUAAAUAUGACUUUUGUAAUUAACUCAUGUACAGCCUCAUCCUGUAUAGUUUAACAAUGAAUGUGCAGGGGACCUGCCCUGGGCUUCUUUGUGGUUUCUGGGCCUACAGCCAAGCUUGUGUGGCACUCCCAUGACUUUGUGACUGACUGGUGUCUUCCCAUUUGGACUGUGACCUGGCCAGAGGACCCCACACACACAUCCCACUGUUGGGGCAGCCAGGACUGUUCCCAUACUCCUAGAACGGUGGAACCUUCCUCAUUCCCUGCCCACAUCCCUCCUCCAAUAAAGACCUAUGCACUCA